AUGCUCACAAGGCUGACAGGCCCGGAGGUGGACGAGGGCUUCCUGAAGAUCGUACAGGACUGGCGUUUGUUGUUGAAUUGUACCUCCCUUUCCGCAGGUCCCACUUGUUCCACAUUACUGAAAGUCUAUCUUCUCCCCGCAAACCUGAGCGCUCAGCCUUGCCUCAGGAUGGAAGAAGACAGUUCCCCCUCCAUCUCCAACUACCGGCUGCAGUGGUAUCUCAAGGAACUGAACAAGGAAGAAUUCAAGAAGUUUAAAGAAAUAUUAAAGGAAAAAUACUCGAGCUUGACAAUGUACACUAUCCCGCGGGCCUUGGUGGACAGCGCCGACGUGCCGCACCUGGCCUCCCUCUUGUGUGAAUAUUACAUAGGCCCCUUCGCCUGCGCUGUAGCCAUCUGCAUCUUUGAAGACAUGAAGAUGCAUAUGCUGUCCAAUAAAGCAAGGGAAGAGAUAAAAAGUGACCCAUGGAACUACAAGGCCCACGUGAUCACCAAAUUUGCCACCCAUGUGAAUGUACGUCCUGGUUUUGAGAGCUCCGAAAUGCAGGCGUUGGUUGCUGCCUUCAGUCCUGACGAGAGUGGCUUCCAGCCUCACACCGUGGUUCUGCACGGGAAGCCAGGCAUUGGGAAAUCGGCUCUGGCCAGGAAUAUCAUGCUGGGCUGGGCACAGGGAGAGCUCUACCAUGGCAUGUUCACCUAUGUCUUCUUCCUCUAUGCUGGAAACAUGAAGUGGAUGGAGAAGAGCAAUUUUGCAAAGCUGAUUGCCAGGGAGUGGCCAAACCCCCAGGGCCCGGUGGCAGAGAUCAUGUCCCAACCAGAAAGGCUGCUGUUUAUUGUUGAUGGUUUUGAUGAUGUGGACUCUGUCCUCCAAGACGAUGACAUGAGAUUCUGUGAAAACUGGGAGGAGGAGCAUCCUGUAUCCGUCCUGAUGUUUAGUCUGCUCAAAAAGGUCCUCCUCCCUCAGUGCUUCCUCAUGAUCACCGCCCGGGACACGGGCGUAGAGCGGCUCAAGUCAAUGGUCGUGUCUCCCCGUUACUUGUUGCUUGGAGGCAUCAUGAUGGGGAACAGGAUUCAGCGGCUCCUUGGACACAUCACCAGUGACCAUCAAAGGAUGCAAACCCUCCAUUCCCUGAUGAGCAACCAUCAAGUGUUUGCCCAGUGCCAGGUCCCCGCGGUGUGCUCGCUGGUCCGCGAAGCUCUGCGGUUGCAAGAAGGGCUGGGAAGCCAAGGCACCCCCGCCUGUCUCACGCUCACGAGCCUCUACAGCACUUUCAUGGUCCAUCAGCUCACCCCGCGAGAUGCCUUCCACACCUGUCUCAGUCGGGAAGAGCGAGCCACUCUGAUGGGCCUCUGUAGAAUGUCUGCAGAGGGAGUAUGGAAUAUGAGGUCGACGUUCCACAGUGAUGACCUCAAGGCCCAUGGGCUAAAAGAGUCGGAGCUCUCAGCUCUGUUUCAGAUGAACAUCUUUCUCCCAGACAGCCAUGGCGAGCAGCGUUACACCUUCUUCCACCUCAGCCUCCAGGAUUUUUGCGCCGCUUUGUAUUACGUUUUGGAAGGGAUGGAAAAAUGCAGUGGCUACUUGCUAUUAAUGAAAAACAUGCGGAGCAUAACGGAGCUUAAGCAAGCAGGUUUCAAUGCCCACCUCCUCGGGAUGAAGCGCUUCUUGUUCGGCCUCAUGAACAAACAUGUCAUAAGGGCCCUGGAGGUUCUCCUCGGCUGUUCUGUGCCCCUCACUGUGAGACAGAAACUUCUGGACUGGGUCACUCUGUUGGGUCAUCAGGUCAACACUACCACCCCGGUGGAUAUCUUAGAAUCCUUCUACUAUCUCUUUGAGACUCAGGAUGAAGAGUUCGUUCGCUCGGCACUGAACAGCUUCCGGGAAGUGAGGCUUCCAGUGAAGCAGAGGAUGGACCUGACCGUAGCUUCCUUCUGUCUCCAGCACUGUCGGAAUUUGCAGAAGGUCCGGCUGGAUGUCAAGGACAUCUUCUCAGUGGACAAGCUAACUGAGAUGUACCCCUUUGCCCCACAAUGGAACAAGCAGAAGGUCCUUGUUAGUGAGUGUUGGGGAAACUUCUGCUCGGUGCUCGGCUCUCACCCGAAGAUGGAGCAGCUCGACCUGGGCAACAGCGUCCUGAAUGAGUGGGCCAUGAGGAUCCUGUGCUGCAAGCUGAGGCACCCAGACUGUAAAAUAAAGAGUCUGAUAUUAAACAAUGCAGACAUAGCUGCUGGUCUCCAGCACCUCUGGAUAACUCUUGUCCACAACCCUAACUUAAGAUACCUCAACCUGGGAGGCACUCGCCUAAGGGACAAGGACUUCAAGUUAGUUUGCAAGGCGUUGAGACAUCCAAACUGUUUUCUGCGGAGUCUGAGGCUGGAUUUCUGUGAGUUAAGCAACACGUGUUAUCUGAGGAUCGCCAAGGUUAUUUGUUUAUCAAACAGACUAAAAUCCCUCAGCCUAGCAAGAAACCAAAUGACAGAAGGUGGCAUGAGGUUCCUCUGCAACGCGCUGAAGAACUUAGAGAAGUUGAUACUGGACGGUUGUGACCUCAAACCUUUCUGCUGCCACAUGCUGUCCUCCGCCCUCAUCCACGGCUCCAGCCUGACGCACCUGAGCCUGUCCAACAACGACCUGAGCACGGAAACCCUGAGGCAGAUGUGUGAGUCCUUGAAAUUCCCAGGAUGUAUUCUCCAGCGGCUAAUACUGAAUCAGUGCAACAUCAUGACAGAGGCCUGUGACUUCCUCUCACCAAUGCUGAAGAAAAGCACAUGUCUAACGCACCUGAGCCUAACCAUGAACCCCUUGGAGGACCGUGGGGUGAUGCUUCUGUGUGAGGCCAUAAGGGAGCCAUCUUGUCAACUCCGAGACCUGGAGUUGGUGAGUUGCCAGCUCACUGGGGAGUGCUGCAAAGACUUGGCCCAUGUGAUCACAAGCAGCAAACACUUGAAGAGCUUGGAUCUUGGUGGCAAUGCCCUGGGGGACAAUGGAAUCUCAGCACUGUGUGAGGGACUGAAGCAGAAGGACAGCUCCCUGAGGAGACUCGGGUUGGAGGCAUGUGAGUUGACUUCAGAGUGCUGUGAGGUGCUGUCAUUGACCCUGUCCUGCAACCGGCACCUGUCCAGUCUCAACCUGGUGAGGAAUGACUUCGGUACAUCGGGAAUGAUGAAGCUGUGCUCGGCCUUCCUACACCCCACGUGUAACCUGUGGAUACUUGGCCUGUGGAAGCAGCAGUACCUUGCACCAGUGAGGAAGAAGCUGGAGGAAGUACAGCUUCUCAAACCCCACAUGGUGAUCAGUGGUGACUGGUACUCCUUCGAUGAAGAUGACCGGUACUGGUGGAAAACCUGA